CGAAUAAGGGGAUUCUUCUCUCCAGUCAUGUCUUUCCCACCACAAUACGAACCGCUUCCUACAUCUGAAAAUCACGACGAAGUGCCCAGCUUUGUCGUUAGACCUCGAUAUCAGAAAAAUAGAAAGAGAAAACUAGUACUUCGCACUCUCGGUGUUGCACUAAUCAUGCUGCUUGCCUUCAUGGGAGUUAGGCACUUUGCCAGGUCUUCGAAGCUCGCACAAGGCAUGUGUGGUUCUUGCAAAUGCUCGCAGAGAAACUCGUCAACGAUCUCGAAGCUGCCCUCGCACUAUACACUACCCUCUGGAGAUCAGAUUCCGUCGGUAGCUCUCGGCGUCUGGCAGGCUAGCAAAGGCGAAGUGGGUGCUGCAGUCAAGGCUGCUCUCAAAUCGGGUUACAGACACAUCGAUGAUGCAUGGGCUUAUCAUAAUGAGGAAGAGGUUGGUCAGGCCAUUCGAGAAAGUGCCGUUCCUCGUGAUCAAAUCUGGAUCACAUCAAAGCUUUGGAAUACUUUCCACGCACCGGAAGAUGUCGAAUCGGCCCUCGAUGACUCUCUUACCAAGCUGGGAACUGAUUAUCUUGACUUGUAUUUGAUCCACUGGCCUAUUGCAUUCAAGAAAGACUCUAACAACGUACUAGAGGAAUCUCUUACCUCCGACCCUUACCCUACCUGGCAGAAACUCGAAGAAAUGGUCGAGAAAGGGAAAGUCAGAAACAUUGGUAUUAGCAACUUCAACAUCCCAAGAAUCAAAAAUCUGACGGCCAAUCCUCUGAAGAUUCAACCUGCAGUUAAUCAAGUUGAACUCAAUUUCUGGAACCCACAGCCCGAAUUAUUAAAGUGGUCAAAGGAGAACAAUCUCCUGCUCGAAUCCUACUCACCUUUGGGAAGCAACAAGCAAGUUGGUAACACGCUUUCAAUUCCUGAGGUUAAGGACAUAGCCUGUGAGCUUGGUAUUACCGCUGCCCAAGUUAUCAUUUCUUGGCAUGUUCAAAGAGGCACUAUUGUCCUUCCUAAGAGUGUGACGCCCUCUCGCGUUGAAGAGAACUACCAUAUUUUCGAGCUUCCACAGGACGCGUUCGACACAAUUGAAAGACUUGCCGCCGCUCACCCGCCGAAGAGAGUUGUCAACCCUAGCAAAUCUUGGGGUUUGAACUUUGAUAUAUUUGACGACUAGUAGGCGGUAGGAAACAUUCCCUGUAGGCUAUUUAGCAUUGGCAUAUGUGUUGUAUUGCUUGUAUCUAAGACGACGAUCUUGUAUCCAUUUUAUGCGCUGUUUUGCGUUCAUCUGGUGAAAA